CCAUAAACAGAAAAAGAAUGCUUCACCUUUCUAAUGUUGUACUGUGAAAUGAAUCAGAAAAAACCCCACCCAUGAUAUCAAAUCACAAUUCAAACACAGUUUCAUCUCUGGAAUUUUCUAACAAAUUUUGACAACCAAACCCACGCGAAUCCUUGGAAAUCGAAGAAUGAUCUAUUCGAGAAUCAGAGCUUCGCUAGCUCGCUCCUCCCGUUGCAGGAAUGUGUUUAAUGGAGCUAGUAAUGAGAAGCCCUUCACUUUGAACACAGAGGGUCUGAAUGGACAGUUUCUGAGAGGUUAUUUAGCUGCUGCUGGAGCUAAUAAACUACCCAUUUUUAGGGCUUCUUUGUCAGAUUUCAAAUACAUCACUGGAAAUCCGAGAAUUUAUCGAUUUUUCUGUAGCAAACCGCCCAAGAAGAAGAAUUACGAGAAUUUUUAUCCCAAUGGCAAGAAGGAGAUUCCGAAGAAGAGUGAGCAGAAGUCAGGGUCCAAAGGGAAUAAAUCUGGGGAUGAUGGCAACACUAAGCUUAAGUUCGAUCCAGCAGACUUAAGUACGGAAAAUAUGAUCAUUAUUUCAAUGGUGAUUUCGUUGACAUUGGCAAUAUUAGCUAAGCCGAGUGAAGGGAUACAGAUUAGUUUUCAAGAGUUCAAAAAUAAGCUUCUUGAACCAGGUUUGGUCGAUCAUAUUGUUAUUGCAAAUAAAUCUGUCGCCAAAGUUUGUGUAAGAAGCUCAACGCAGAAUCAUACCAUUCAUGAUUCAACUGAAGGAUCUGAGGGUAGUACUCCGAUUAGGACCUCACCUCCAAUAGCAAAACCAAGUAACUAUAAGUACCGCUUCAACAUUGGAAGUGUUGAAACAUUUGAAGAAAAAUUGGACGAAGCCCAAGAAGCAUUGGGCAUAGAUCCACAUGAUUAUGUACCCGUGACUUAUGUUUCUGAAGAGGACCACUUUCUAGACUUGUUAAUGUCCCCGACCAUCACAUUUUUGGUUUUGGUAAUACUUUCUUUGAGACGAAAAAUGCAAGGUGGAUUCGGAGUAGGUGGUGGCGGAAAGGGUGGUCGGGGAAUAUUUAACAUUGGAAAAGCUCACUUUACAAAGAUGGAUAAGAAUGCAAAAAAUAAGAUAUUCUUCAAGGAUGUUGCGGGUUGUGAUGAAGCAAAGCAAGAGAUUAUGGAGUUUGUUCACUUCCUAAAGAACCCAAAGAAGUACGAGGAACUGGGGGCUAAAAUCCCUAAAGGAGCUCUAUUGGUUGGACCUCCCGGGACAGGUAAAACACUCCUAGCAAAAGCAACAGCUGGUGAAUCUGGCGUGCCUUUUCUGUCUAUAUCUGGUUCUGAUUUCAUGGAGAUGUUUGUGGGAGUUGGGCCCUCGAGGGUUAGAAGUUUGUUCCAGGAGGCAAGACGGUGCGCACCUAGUAUCAUAUUCAUAGAUGAAAUUGAUGCAAUUGGUAGGGCAAGGGGACGUGGGAGGUCUUCUGGUUCCCAUAGUGAGCGUGAAAACACUCUUAACCAGUUACUUGUGGAAAUGGAUGGAUUUUCAACAACAUCUGGAGUCGUUGUUCUUGCUGGCACUAAUAGACCAGAUAUCUUAGACAAUGCCUUGUUGAGGCCUGGUCGGUUUGAUCGCCAAAUUAGCAUAGACAAACCUGAUGUCAAGGGCCGGGAGAAAAUAUUCCAGAUCUAUCUGAAGAAGAUUAAACUUGAUAAUGAUCCCGCUUUCUUCUCUAAGAGACUAGCUACCCUCACUCCUGGAUUCGCAGGUGCAGAUAUUGCUAAUGUUUGCAAUGAAGCUGCUCUAAUUGCUGCUAGAUCUGAUGAACCAAAGGUGAAAAUGGAACACUUUGAUUCAGCCAUAGACAGAAUAGUUGGUGGUCUUGAGAAGAAAAACAUGGUCGUAAGUAAAAUUGAACGGCGGACUGUGGCCUACCAUGAAUCAGGUCACGCUGUGGUUGGCUGGUUUCUAGAACAUGCAGAACCUCUGUUGAAAGUAACAAUUAUUCCUCGUGGCGUUGCUGCACUUGGCUUUGCACAAUAUAUACCUAACGAGAAUCUUCUGGCGACGGAAGAGCAGCUUUUUGAUCUAACUUGCAUGGCUCUUGGUGGACGUGCGGCAGAACAGGUGCUGCUGGGGAAAAUAUCGACGGGAGCACAGAAUGAUUUGGAGAGAGUGACGAAGAUGACUUAUGAUCAAGUGGCAGUGUAUGGUUUCAGCAAGAAAGUUGGUCUUCUCUCUUUCCCUAAUAGAGGUGAUGGAUUUGGGAUGACCAAACCAUAUAGCAGCAAAACAGCUAAUCUCAUAGACACUGAAGUCCGGGAAAUGGUUGCAAAGGCAUACAACCGAACGCUUCAAUUGAUCGAGGAACAUAAGGAGCAGGUUGCCAAGGUUGCCGAGCUAUUGCUUGAGAAGGAGACUCUUCACCAGGAUGACAUGGUGUGUGUGCUCGGUGAGAGGCCCUUCCAACCAGCUGAGAGGUCAAACCACGACAGGUACGAGGAUGGGGUCCUAGCCGAAGAUGGGAAGAGGGAGGAGCAGUGUACGGAAGGAGGCGACGGGAAGAAGGAGCCGAGUACAGGAGGAGGCCACGGUGGAGCUGCGCCUGAGGCUGUCCCGAGGUAGUAUUUUGAUGAUCACAAAUAGGUAGGUAGAAUGGAAAUAAUAGGAAUACAAUGGACGUAGGAAAGGAUUGGUUAUAGGAGAAAGAAUUGUUGGUCUCUUUGCUUAAAAAAUUCAUGAACUGAUUCUUUCAAGUUUUAUGGUCGGUAGCUAUAAAUAAAAUGCAGCCAUUUAUUUUGCGCGACUAA